AUGGACUCCCAAGUGAAACCUCCAACAUCAACUCCAACCACUCACCCAAGACUCGGAUGGAUCGGCCUCGGGUCGAUGGGGUUGGCCAUGGCAUUGAACCUCCACAGCCAUCUAUCGCAUAUCAAUGCCCCUCCACUUUGCUUCUAUAACCGUACCGAAGCUCGGGGCCAUUCGAUCCUUGAUAAAGGAGGAGUCCAGAGUGCCAGUGUCCAAAACUUGAUUGCCCAGGUCGACAUUUGCUUCAUUGCUGUCAGCGACGGCACAGUCGUCACCUCAAUCAUCAAUUCAAUAAUAGAAGCCUCAACCACGCAGCAGCUUCAUGGCAAGAUCAUUGUCGACACGUCGACCAUCCAUCCGGAUGUAUCCUCGUGGGCGCAGCGAACACUUGCGGAAAAGGGUGCUAGUUUUGUCGCAGCCCCCGUGUUCGGGGCAAGUCCUGUUGCAAGGGAAGGCCGGCUGUUGAUGGUAACAGCAGGCGCCGACGAGGCUGUCAGGGCGAUUGAGCCAUUCUUGGUUGGUGUAUUGGCGAGAAAGACGUUGCACAUGGGAACGGACGCGGCGCAAGCUAGUUUGAUGAAGACGGCAGGAAACUUCUUGACGGCUGGGAUGAUGGAGCUUGUGGCCGAAGCACAGGUCUUUGCUGAGAAGACUGGCAUUGGAAGUGAGGCACUGGAGUCCUUGAUCGAAGAGCAGUACGGCGCACUGCCGCUCGCGAUGUCGAGGCGGAUGACUGAGGGGUUUUACCUUCCGAAACAGGGGGAACGGCCUUGGUCGGACCUUCAACUGGCGGUGAAAGAUGUCGGAUUAGGGGUUUCGUGUGCGGAGAACGCUGGAACGAGCUUGCCCGUUGCAGAUGUCAUUCUCAAGCACUAUGACGAGGCUUGCCAGUAUGGAGAGAGGAAUGAAAGGGCAUUGGACUCCUCGUCUAUGUAUGGAGUACUCCGGACGCAUGCCGGGCUUGAUUUUGAAUCGGACCGUGUGAAGGAGAGGUGA